AUGGCGAAACCAACAUCAAUUGGUACUGUGCAGCUGCAUUAUUGGCCCACCGGAUCUGUCACCCGUAAUCACACCUAUCCUACAAAACGUGUUAUACCAGAACUCGGUGUUACAAUGGUAUCUCCGUCUUUAUACUAUGUUAUAAACACUAUGGUUGCUGUAGACAAAUGCAAUACGCCGCGCCGGGAAUGGGGUCAUGUAGCUAAUUACGUGACUUCGUAUCCAAUAACGAAAGUCACAACUCUUCAACCAUUUGGUAACGACUAUACCAACGAACAAGGUAGCCUGACACGAAACAAUACUAGAAUCGGACCUGGUAGACGGUUACACUUGAAUGAUCUCGCAGACGACUGCGCUACGGUUAAGAAAGUACCAUGGCGUAACCGUGUACAAGAGAAAAACUACGAUCCACGAUGUAACCCUAUUUUAGAAUGGAGAACAGAUCUGAUUCAUCUCAAAGGUCAUACAGAAAUACCAUGGCCAAGGAAAUGUGGUGCGAGGAUGUUUGGUGGAAAUUUCGGCAUAUUUGACCCUCCUGUGCCAGUUUUACCAUGUACAGCGAAAGACUGCAAAAACCAUGGAGCAGAUACUGUAGUUGCAGCACCACCACCACCGCAAAUCACGGAACCACCUGCUCCUAACGAUGACGAUGAUGAUUCGGAGGGAUCAUCUCCUACUGCAGAGCCAGGACAAGGAGCUCCACUACCAGGUCCUACUCCCACUGCUACUUUGGGCGAAUCUGUUCCGGAUCCAAGUCCAGACCCCGACGACGACGAUUGGACAGGGAAUCCGCCAGCUAAUAAUCCCCAAGAUGACGGACCUGAACCAGCCGAUCCGAACUCACAGCCAGGCAAUCAGCCAGCGAAUAAUCCGCAAAAUAACGACCCCAAUUCGCAGCCGGGAAAUCAACCAGUCAACAAUCCCCACAAUAAUGACCCCAACUCUCAGACAGGUAAUCAACCAAAUAACAAUCCCGCUAUUGUAUCUUCAGCCAACAUUGUGGUACCAGCAGCUGCUUCAAACACUCAGCAGUUAGCAGCUCCGUCUUCUCCUACACUGAUUGCCCCUCCAAAUAACGAUCCGAAUGUUCCAGCACCAACGCCGGUAACGACACCAGUGCCUAUUGCGACACUUCAGGACGGCUAUGUGAUCAGCGCCGCUCCUGGAGCUCAAAACGUUGUAGUUGGAUCUCAUACCUUCUCGCUUAACGGACCCGCAAUCACAGUCGAAAGUCAUGGAGUUAUGAGCCUCGCACCAACGGGUCUUGUAGUAGUACACAACGAUGCAACUUCAACAUAUGCCAUCCCAGCUGCGGCCCCAGUACCUGCACCUACAGCAGUAUACAGCGGCCAACCUCUAACCGUCGGCAGCCCAGCCAUCACCAUCCCCGGCGAAGGCGUAGUCUCCCUCUCCCCUUCAGGAAUAGUAAUAAUAAACAACGGCAUCACAACCACCAAAGCCCUUCCUCACCCCACCAAACCCCUCUUCACACUCGCAACAGUCUUCAACGGCCAAACCCUCACCCUCAACGCCCCCGCAACAUUCAUCCCAGGCAUAGGAACCAUCUCCCUCUCUCCCUCCGGCGUAAUAAUAGUAAACAACGGCAUCACCAUAACCUCCACCCUCCCCAACUUCGCACCCACACCAACACCAACAUUCACCUACCCCCUUCCUCCCAUAACCAUCACAGUCGCAGGCGAAACCCACACCCUCUCCGCCAUCUCCCCCUCAACAUGCAUAAUAGACAACCAAACACUCGUCCACUCCGGCCCAUUAGCCACGCUAGCCGGCCAUCAAGUCGUGGCUCUAACGGACGAGGGCGUACAAUUCCAGAUUCCUGGCGGUGGAGUGACCACCGUAUCGCUAGAACCGCCGCAAGCUUCGAGUCUUACGGAUCUGGCGAGCGCGAGUCUUACGUCGGUGGAGAUUUCGAUGUCGGUUACGAGGGGGGGUGGGGUGUUUGCGGGGACAACGUCGGCGACGCCUACGACUACAGGACUGGGAGCGGUGAUUUAUGGGAUGCAGAAUAGUGGUGUGUCGUGUUAUACUAGGAUUUGGGCGAAGAUCUUCGGGUUUGUGGUUGGGGUUGGAGUUUUGUUGGUUUGGUAA